AUGGUAGCACUUCUGGAACAGGACGAUGUCCGAAGGUUUCGUCGCUUUUUUUUUUUUUUUAGCUCUCUUUUGCCCAUCCUCGUUCAAAGUUCCAUGGGUUAUAAUUCGGAUGAAGGAUCCGACAUUAGCGAUUCGGAAAUCGAUGAGUGUGAAGAGAAAUAUUACCUGUGUUUGAAGGUAGGGGAGAUCAAAUUAAGAAAGAGAGGGAGGACAUAUAGAUGCCCAUUUUGUGUGUGCAAAAAGAAGCUAGAUUUCGAUUUGAGGGAAUUGCUCCAGCAUGCCUCCGGAAUAGGUCUCUCCAACCGGAAGGCGAAACUGAAGGCGACCCACCGCGCCCUUGAAAAAUAUCUAAGAAAUGACUUUGCUGAAAUGGUGCAGUUAUUAGCCGUAGAGUCACCACACCCUUCUAGAAACAUAGAUGAGCAGUUCGUGUGGCCCUGGAUGGGCGUUCUCGUUAAUGUGCCGAGGGAUUAUAAGGACGGGCGCUAUGUCGGUACGAGCGGAAACAUGCUAAAGGAGCAGCUAUCCUGUUUCGGUCCACUAAAAGUUCAUGUCUUGUGGGACCACGACGGUCACGCCGGGAAAGCUGUUGUCGACUUUUCUAAGGAUUGGGUGGGCUUUAUAAACGUGUUGGCCUUUGAAAAGCACUUUGAGGCGGGUAAGACCGACUCGUUAGAAAGCAAACAUCAAGGGGUGGAAUUAAAUGGGUGGGUGGCACGCGCUGAUGACUACAAUGCUGCUGGUGUGUUAGGGGAUCAUUUGCGGAAAAAAGCAGAUCUGAAAACUCUUAGCGAUCUGGCCAAUGAAGAAUCAAGGAAGAGUGACAAGCUUCUUGCUUAUUUAACCAGCCAGAUCGACGUGAAGAACAAACGUUUAGAAGAGCUAGAAUUCAAAUACAAUGAGAUAAAUUUGUCUCUUGAUAUGAUGACUGAGCAGAGGGACCAGGUCGUUAAUGCUUAUAACGAAGAGAUCCAAAAGAACAAAAAGCUGCAAGCGGAACUGGAAUCUAAAAUGAGGGAACUAGACGUACGACAAGAACAACUGGAGAAACUGGUUGCGCAAAGUGAGAGCGACAAAAGAAAACUUGGUGCUGAAUCAGCGGGCCCAUCGACUGAUAACUUUAACGCACGAUCUCCUAGCGAAGAAGUGGACACUGUUGAGAUUGUCGAGAAGGUGAGGGAGUUUAGCAUAUAAGUAACAAGGAAGAAGCAGUGCAACAUCAAAGCGCACUGUCGGGCAGCACAAAUCACGAAUGAGAGGCGUGAUUUUAAAUUUGCAUUUUAGAUCUUAGGUUCAUUGGGUCUUAAAGAGUAGGGUUUCUGUUUUCUGAUUAUCUUGGCCUGUAUUACUGUAGUUCUUGUGGUGCCUUGUGCUCUAUGCUAUGUUUAACCACACACUUGGCUCAGUCCCAUGACUAUCUAGUACUUCCUAGCUAUGCAUUUUUGUGCUAUAUGUACGCAUAGCUAAAGCUUCAUAUACUGUGAUGGAAUCGUUUUUAUCUUUUUAUGUUAGCAUACAUAGUAUAUCAUAUUUUUGUA